GAUUAUGCCAAUCCUCAGACGAGGCCACAUGUCGAAAUCUACCCCAUCAGGACAUCGACAAUAAGUGAGACGUACCAUACUAAACGACUCGUACAUGACAUGGAUCCCGAACUGCACACACCAAUGUGGGCCCAGGGACACACACACUGGUACAUCGGAGAGCUCGCAAUGCUCGCGUCGGGCAAGCUGGUUAUUCCACAUACAUGGUACCGCUACCAAUCACAGGGUGAGGUGUACGGUGAAGGCUACGAAGUCAUGUCGCACGAUCAGUACAAACAGACAAUCAAGUUUGAUGAUCGUCUGAUUUACUUACUGCGCACGCCCGCCACAAUCUCAGGCCCAUUACCCAAGGGUAUCUACAAUGGGUGCAAUCCUCUGCGGGACAUAGCGAAGGGUCGCCGAAUGUACACGAGCUAUGUGAAGGCCUGGGGUGAUGACGUGUCAGGAAACAAGAGCAAGCAAUACAAUGAACACACGAACAUAUACCUUGCACAUGCCAAUCUACCGCACACGAAACUAUCCCAAGAAUAUUUCGUCCGCUUCUGCUCGACUUCACCGCAUGCAAAUGCCGGCGCCCAAUUUGAUGCAAUGGUCGACUCGGUAACAGGCGCAAACACCUGGCAUCCCGCAUUUGACUGUGAAGUUCAAGAGGAGGUUCUUUUUCGUGUGAUUCCUUGCCUAUUUCCUGCCGACAAUCCACAACAAUCGGAGAAUUGCUCUCACAUUGGUUUACAUGGGAACAUGUGGUGUCGGCGCUGCAAGCUCGGAGGGUCUGAAAAGGAACGCGAAACUGAUCAGAACUAUCAUGCGCAUUUCGAUCCCAACAAUCUCCGUACUGCCCAACAGACGAGAGACGACGUACUGACGCAGAUUCGAUUAGCAGCCCUCGGUGUCAAGAAAGACGUUACACAGCGACAAACGGAAACAGGUACCAAGGACAAGCUUGCCGAACAUUGGAUCAAGAUCCUUCUCGAUCGGGCACGCGAUGAACAGCAGCGUCGUAUCACAACCCCUGCUACUGCUGAUGCCCGGUUGAAGGCUCUACGCAAUCAGUUGCGACCUGGAGAGCAUUUCAACUCUCUGUUAUCACUUGAAGGUAUCGAUAUCCACCGCGAAACACCUGUCGAACUCCUACAUACGUACUUGCUUGGUCAAGACAAGUAUGUGUGGCAUUUCACACACUCAAGCUGGUCGCCGAAACAGUUCGAAAUGUUCGCUGUGCGGCUACAAUCGUCCUCGGUUGAUGGCCUUAAUAUUCUGCCGAUACGUGCUCGCUACAUCAUACAGUACAAAGACAAUCUGAUUGGAAAGCACUUCAAGGCCCUCCAGCAGCUCGGAAUCUUUCAUCUCGACGACACUAUGUGCCCAAAACUUGUCCGGGAACUCUGGAAAGCAACAGGAGAGCUCGGCGCGCUUCUCUGGUUCACCGAGAUAGAAGAUAUGGAUAUGUACUUGGCUGAUCUCAAAACACUCAUAGCAAAUGUCCUCGACAUCUGGUCGCAGAUCGACCCAAAACGAAUCUUCGUCAAGCCGAAACUCCAUCUUCUGCUGCACCUUCUCUUCGACAUUCGGGAUCAGGGUCCAGCCGGACUAUAUGCAACUGAGAUAUUCGAAUGCUUUAACGCGAUCUUCCGAAUGUGCAGUGUCCUUUCCAACCACCAGGCCCCGAGUCGCGACAUCGCAUGGGCGUGCGCUGACAUGGAUCGCUUCAAGCACCAGGUCAGUGGUGGAUGGUGGAAGGAUCCUUCUGGCAAAUUCGUCCAGGCUGGCGAACGUGUGCGCCGUUACUUUGACAACGACGACGUUCAACGACGACUUGGACAUGCAUCCCAGGCAUCUUCCCCACCUGGUAUGCUCUCGUUUUACUGCCCUAUGCUGCAUAAAAUUGCUACAGCUGUAUCGUCCGAUAAUCAGCAGCACGAUGACAAGUACAGUCCUCAAUCACAAUGGUUCACUUGCCUCUCUGUCAUCGCGCGCACCGGAGAUGUCUGCCGAGUCGGCUCAUGGAUUUUCUACGACUUCAAGGCUGAUACAACACGUGUCGGGCGUAUCAAGGCGAUCCUACAACCGACCACUGGACCCGCAAACCAAGACGACACGAUCAUCGUAGAACAAUUCUCCUUGGCUAACAGCCGGCACCCCCAUUUCGGUAUGCCAGAGCUAUUCAAGAUCGACAUCAAUAACCUGAAUUGUGUCAGUCCAUCAGACGUCAUCAGUGUCGUGAACGUUCAGCAUAACUGCAUCGACGGAGGGUGUGAACCUACAGGACGAAAACGACGAAAGCAGGAGCGAACACUCACGGAGAUCGAAGAGCCAUACAUCGAGCACAAAGACGACACGCGGUACAUCAUCAACACGCAUGCACUGCACAACGCGGCCCUUCUCCGCAAAAUCCUCCCUCGACACCUUACUGCUCCCAUUCCAUACAUCGACCCAGAAUUGCGUGAAGCCGCACAUCACCGGAUGGCCGCAUCCCUCAGGGCUGUCCAGGACGUGCGACGAACCAAGGAGGCAGAGGCGCGUGUCGAGAAGAAGAAGGCCGCAGCGGCAGCGAAGCAAACCCCUAGCGUUACCCCGAAUAACCCAAUCAUAGCGAGUGCUACAUCGAAUGCAGCGCCCUCAGCAAGUACGUCGGGAUCUCAUCUCGACGAAACCCUUCCGAGUCAGUCUACGAACUCUAGGCCGGCGGCGCCGCGCCCCCAGCCACGGAAACGAGCACGUUUAGAAAGUACGACGGAGUGUCGAGACAGCGAAGGAGGAGAUGGGCAGGCAAUGCAGAGCUGA